UAAAUACACUCUAAAUUAGCACUUCUUUCAAGAGUACUCGUUGUAGGAUCUACGAAACUCACCUUGGUAAAUACACUCUAAAUUAGCACUUCUUUCAAGAGUACUCGUUGUAGGAUCUACUCCCAAUCCCAAUAGUAAUUACAUUUUAACAACCUUGAACAUAUAUAAAUUAUGGGAGUCAGCUGAGAAGUUUUGUCCAUUUGAUCAUUGUUCGAAAACUUAGAAGAUUAAGAACAUCAGUUUCCAUGGAUGGCAAUGGCAUUCGAUGUUUGAAGAUUAUUGAAGUGUGUAAGAUAUCUCCUUCACCGGAGGAGGACUUAGCUGCACCAAACUCUCUUCCUCUCACUUUCUUCGACCUCCUUCGUUUGAAACACCAACCAAUUCAACAGCUUUUCUUCUACCAAUUACCAUCUUCUGAUACUCACGUCUCAUUUCUUGACGCCAUUCUCCCAAACCUCAAAACCUCCCUCUCUCUCGCUCUCCGCCGCUAUCUCCCCCUCGUCGGAAACCUCCUUUGGCCCCAGCACUCCGCCGUCCCCACCGUCGAGUUCGUCGAAGGCGACGGUGUUCUCCUGACGGUGGCCGAGUCCGACGCCGACUUUCACCAUCUCUCUGGCAGUGGGUUUCGCGAAGUUACAGAAUAUCAUCCUCUCGUUUCCGAGUUGUCUAUGUCUCAUGAUCGUGUCGCAGUGAUGGCUCUCCAAGCCACCGCGUUUCGAAAUAGAGGAUUUUGCAUUGGAAUAACCAUCCACCAUGCUGUUACGGAUGGAAGAACUUCAGCUUCGUUUGUCAAGUCAUGGACUCGUAUUUGCAAUGAUAUUCUUCAUGCCGUUAGAGAAUCCUCUAUUCCAACGGCCACAGAGCUCAUCCCAUUCUAUGACAGUUCAGUUAUCAAGGAUCCGACGGGUCUUACAGAAAUUUACGCAAACGAAUGGCUGAACAACGAAGGACCCAACAAUCGGAGCCUGAGCAUUAAGUUACCCAAAACAUCACCUACCUUGAUCCGAUGCACCCUCGAGCUCACUCCCCAAAACAUUCACAAGCUAAAGCAAUGGCUUCUGAAGCAGCAGCGAGAGAUGAAUCAGCACAUCUCUUCGUUUGUGGCGGCAACUGCAUACCUCUGCGUAUGCACAGCCAAGACCGAAGGCUUGAAAGAUGGAAAGUUGAUACUCGUGUUCCCGGCCGACGUUAGAACUCGUCUGAAGCCACCAAUUCCUUCAAAUUACUUUGGUAAUUGUUUGGUUCCUCGCUACCCUUUAAUGGAAAGAAGUGAGGUUUUGAGUGAAAAUGGAGUGGCUGUCGCUGGUGAGGCAAUCUCUGAGGCCAUUAAAAGUUUGGAAGGAGGAGGUUUAGAAGAGGCACAGUACUGGGCCUCAGCCUUAGCUUCUUCAAGCAAUGGUGAUUCUGCUUGGCCAAAAGGCCUAAUUGUAAUUGGUGGGUCGCCCAAACAUGGAGUUUACAGUGCAGAUUUUGGGUGGGGAAAGCCGACAAAGGUGGAGAUGGUGUCGGCUGAUCAAUUGGCAGCAAUGAUUUCUCUAACUGAGAGUGGAAAUGGCGAUGGUGGGAUAGAGAUUGGAUUGGUUAAGGAGAAAGACGAGAUGGAAAGUUUCAUUGCUUUGUUUGCUCAAGGUCUUGAAUCUCUUUGAAAUGAUCAGAAGAUUGGCAAAGGUAUGUGAUCAAAUUUUGGCCCUGAAUUUAGAUUCUUAAUUGGAUAGAAUGGAAUGAUUAGUUUAUGUUACGAUUUAGUUAGGAUUUUGCCUCGCUUUUGUCAUCUUUUGCAGCGUUCUAUAGGUUGGGGGAGGGUCCGGUGUAUUAUCUUUCCAGAGCUAUAGUCGAAGAUCUUGAUAAACUACAAUCACAAUUUUCUUUCUAACCCUUUUUAGAGGGGAAAAA